AUGGACGCACCAUCGCAGUAUGGCGAUGCUACCGUUACGCCGGGUUUCGUGGCACGUAAGAGCAAGAUUUUGUCUGAUUUGUCAGUUCCCGAUGCAGAGUAUACGGAUCUGUCGCCGAAGGGUUCGGUCGAUGAAGGCAUUCGCGACUUGAUCAAAGACAUCAAUGCUUUGCAUGGCCUUGUUACCACCAGCAGUUGCGCAGGUAGAGUAAGCAUCUUUGUCGAAGGUAGCAAAAAGACGAUCAGGAAGCAAAAGACGGAAGUAACCUCACAGGCUACUGAACAAGCUGCUGGACAAGUUUCAAAUCAAAUUGAUAAUGGCGAAAUCAAUGGUCAAAGCCAGAAUGAGAAUGAAGAUGAGGAUGGGCUCGCCAACAAGGAAGGUGAUGCUGGGUGGAAGUUCGCUCUUUCCGGCGGAAAGGGCGAGGGGAGGUGGUUGUACGUCUCACAUGACCCCGUCGACAACAGCAUCAAGUCUUCAUACCAUGAGCUGUUUGGCCUGGUUCCUGGGAAUGGUAUUCCCAAAAGCAGCACUUUUGGCGAUGCGAGUAUGCGACUCAUUCGCUUUCACUAUGAUCCAAUGAUCUUACACGUUAUGGCUGCUACACUUUACCACGCCCAUCCAGUUCUAGCCGCUGCAUCCCAUGCAGGAUUUCGUGAAAGUGGGCUUCAGAGCUUACGGUGUCUUGAGGUCUUACACAGCGGUGGUCCAGGUCAGCAUUCGUCCUCGACAGACCAUGCAUCACACAGCCCGAUUGUCGCCGUUCGCUCAGCUGGGCUGGCUCUUGAAUCCGUUAUUGGAUACUGUGAAGAUAGUAACGACGACUCAGAACCACUGCUGCGCAGUCUAGUCACGGAAGAGUACUUACGGAUGCUGGUCGCUCUUGCCAAUGAAAGAUUUGAAGUCAACAAAGAACGUGUUCAAAGAUUCCGAUCUAGACUACUUGACCUCUAUAAGGCAGCACUGGAUACAGCACCCGGUACUGCUCAAAGAAAGAAACCCUCGGAUUGGGAAGAUCCACAGGUCCGAAAGGAGAGAAAGCGACUCGAAGGUCUGAAGAGACAAGCAGAGAAAGCUCAACAAAAGGACAACGACUCGAGACCUGAUGACACUGAUGUCGAUAUGAACAUAAGUUUUUGA